UGCGGUGCAGCUGACUGCAGGCGGAAUCACAUGGUGCCUAAAACCAGCCCUUUGGCCUAUUCAGCCAGCCCCGCCCUCUCUCUAGCUGCAGGCCAGGCAGCCAGAGUGAGCAAAUGGCAGCUGGAGAGAGAGCCGGGAAAAGACAGCUCUCCUUGGGCAAGGCCGCCUGCAUCCUCACUGGGGCAUCCCGGGGCUUCGGCCGGAGCCUGGCCCUGCUGCUGGCCCCGAGGCUGGAAACUGGCUCCAUCCUGAUCCCGGUGGCCCGAUCGCAGGGGGGCUUGGCCGAGCUGGAGGCUGAGUUGCGGGCCAGUUUCCCCAGCUUGAAAGUGCAUUCCGUGCACGCUGAUCUGGGCACGGAGGACGGGCUACAGCUGGUGCUGCAAGCAGUCCAGGACAAGCUGCCGGGAGCAGCUGAUCUGGAGCGGCUCCUCGUCAUCAACAACGCGGGAUCCCUUGGAGACAUCUCCAAAUCCUUUCUGGAUUUCACCAGCCCAGCCGAAGUCAACAGCUACUUUGCCUUAAAUGUCACCUCGGCCCUCUGCCUCACAUCCUCCAUCCUGAAGGCCUUCCCGGGGCACCCUGGCUUGUGCAAGACUGUUGUGAACAUCUCCUCACUGUGUGCCCUGAAGCCCUUCAAGAGCUGGACGUUGUACUGCACUGGGAAGGCCUCGCGGGACAUGAUGUUCCAGGUGCUGGCCCUUGAAAACCCGGACGUUAGAGUGCUCAGCUAUGCCCCGGGGCCGCUGGACACGGAGAUGCAGCAGCUGGCCCGCACCAAGUCCGGAGACCCGGACGUGCGCCAGCAGUUCCUGCGCAUGAAGCAGAGUGGGCAGCUGCUGGACUGCGGCGUGUCCGCCCAGAAGCUAGUGGCUCUGCUGCUGGAGGACACGUUCGCCUCCGGGGCACACGUAGACUUCUAUGAAAUCUAACCCGCCAGCCUGCUGCUCCCCCCACGCCGCGGCGGCUGCUUCUGCAACUCCGCUACCUCUAAAAUGCCCUGGGCUUUCAGAAGGGAACCAGCUGCUGGCCUGUGACCCUCC